UGAUAGGAAAUACAGUUCUAAAAUUAUAAGAAAGGAGUCGGAAGCAAUUUAUUAUUAGUAGUUUAUGUUGUCAAAUUUUGGUCCAAAGUAUCGUAACGAUAUUCUGAAUACCCCUAUUUAUCGAAUGGUUCGCUCCGUUGCUAUGCUAUCUUGUGUAGACAUUCUCCAGGGUGAUGGAGACGAUGAUGUAGUUUCUCGGCCUCAAAACGCGAAAUACAUAACGUUGUUCGGUUUAAAACGUAAACGGUGUGAGCCGUCACAUUAAUUACAAUGGCCGGUAUAAGAACAGUUAACGGAAAAUUCUCGGGAGUCAACCCGGCUGUCAGCUGCUGUCGUCUGCGGCAGGUUCAGUCUCUGCUAUGUGAGGGUGGUGCUGCCACUCCAGAUGGCAUCAUGUGCUCUCUUGGAAUUGACAGCAGAUAUAAUGAAGGGUGCACUGAGCUUGCAAAAUACCUGUUCUAUGGACUGUAUGGACGAAAUCAGCUGAAUCUGGAACAUGUCCUUGAGGAGUUUCCAGAGGAAAUGCUGGAUGAUGUCAUCCUACUGAUCAAGGCAGAGUGUGUUCAUCUGUACUGCAAUCCACUAAACUACAGUUACCUGCUGCCCUACGUAUCUCACUGGAGGAACCUGCAUCUUUACUGCAUGACAGAGGCAGAGUAUGAAGAUGAGGAAGCAGCAGAGGAAUUCAAAAUCUCCAGCUUUGUCACAAUGGUGCAGGACUGCUAUCGAAUCGGAGUUCCUUACAGCUCCCGGGGGCACAUCCAGAAGUUUGAUAUGUUUAUGGUGGAGAAGUGGCCUCUGAUUCAAGCGUUUGCCCUGGAGGGCAUUGGUGGAGGAAGUUUUUUUACGAUUAAAUACAAGCUCAUGGAUAUGAGUGAGAAGCUUUGGCAGGUGUACACCAGAUUGGACCCAGUGUCUCUGGAUAGUCUCCUCGCAGAGGACUUGGUUAACUUUGAGAAGCAGUGGAGUGGCUUUUUCUCCAGCAUGGACCUGGAGAGCCAUCUGUCCAUCCUAGAGCUGUCUGAAGCCCAGGCAGGGGAGGCGUUCCGUACUUACUACUCUCAUGGACUGAUCUCAAGCAACAUCACAGAUAAAAGUAAAAGUCAGCAGCCCUUUGUGCUGUUUGGGAAACAUUCCUCCUCAGAGGAUCUGGAGAGCUGUUCAUUCAACUUUCCCUCAGAGAGCCAUCAGGUCCGCAACACAGGGCCUCAAGGUUCGACAGCCAGACACAUGAUUCUUAAGUGUGUGGCUCCUAAAGGACCUCUAGCCUGCUCUCGAACCUAUUUCUUUGGGACUACCCACUCUCCGUACCUUGGAAAUCAAAACACAGAUCAAAAGAAAACAGAAGUCUUACUUUUAUCCCAGAUUUAUUCAGCUGCUGUUCAAGCAGUCCUUUCAGGAAUCAAAUGCUACUCCUGUACCUCCAGUGCUACCAAGGCUAAGGAUGUAGCAGAGAACACCUUUCUCGUGGCUUUGGACUCGAUGAAUCUAAAUCAGUACCGAAGUUUUCUCAGGUCCAAAUGUGAAUUCAGCAUUCAGGCAGUGAACAAGCAGGGGAGGAUCAUUCCUCUGACUGAUGAAGAAAGCCGUUAUGUAGUAAAAACAGCCUCCAUGACCGUCCAUGACAUCCCAGACCUCCAGUGGGACAGGGGGGACCUGGGCUCCGUGGUCUUCUCUGAAUCCUUCUUAGAGUCCAGCAUCAAUAUUCAGCAGAAAGAUGGCACUGUGUCCUCAGACAGCUGCUACACCAUCCUGACGACAACUGUGCCUCGCUACGCCUGCUGGCUGAUGGAGUCUGAUGUAAAGCAGUCUGAGCUAGCCCAGCAUCUCACUAAGAAAGAGGACGACACUUGUUUGGGAACUGCUCUGACUGUGGCAGAUGCUGCUUAUGUAUUCUCCAGCAGCCAGCUCUCCACGCCUGAAGAAGGGAAGAUAAUUUUCUUCUCUGAGGGACUCCUGUUUAUCCAUUCUCAAUAUGGGAGCAUUACUCUGUCCAAGGAUCACAUCAACACCAUCAAGUUUUAUGAUCCGGACUCGAGCACUGUGGCUUCUCUCUUUGUGGAGUAUGAGAGCAGCCUGCUCCCGCACCUCCCGUUCCCUCUCCACAGCUCUGACCAGUGUCUGGUCUUUGCUCUUCAGCCCAGAUCUAAGAGCCACAGGGCUUUCUACUCCAAGGUGUUGUCAGUGUGGCAGAACUCCGAAUCUGGACUUACUCUGCAGUUGCUGAACCAAGAGCAACUGACCUGGAGCCAGAAAAACAUGCACACCAGACUGCAGAAGCUGCACGACAGUCAGGAGCCACCAGUGGCCAAACGCAGAGGCAGCUUGAAGACUUCAUACUCCCAGUUGCCAGAGCAGGACAUGUUUCUUCAGCACUUCGCCCUGAGUAGCAUUAGUCAGGAGCCCAUUCUGUAUGACCACCUGGGAGUGCUCUUCCCCUCUGCAGAGCUUAAGAACCCAGUCAAUGGCCAUGGAGACAAGGUUGUCAUUACCAUCAUCACUGGUCUGCCGGGAAGCCAUAAGAAGAGACUCUGCAACUUCCUGGUCCAGCUGAACAAGGAACGAGGAAGGUGGGUGGUGUACGAGCCUGGUCCUGACAGCUGUGACAGCUUCUCAGCCUCUCACCUCCAGCAGUAUUUGUCCAGCUUCCUGGAGAGCCAGAGAGGCCCAGGAGGCAAACCCCGUCUGUUGGUGCUCUCACCUGGAUACACAGAUGUUCUGGAUGUGGUCCAGGCUGUGCUUUUCCACCCUGACCCAGUUGUCCAAGCGUGUUUCACCAUUGGUGCUGUCACUGCCUGUGUGGAUCCAUUCGCUUCCUGUUUGGAGCACAGGUUUACAUUUCCUAAGCUGAUGGAGCAGUGCAGCCAAGGUAUUGUGAGUACAGUGGUGUUCACCGGGCUGACAGCAGAGCAGAAGCACCCUCUCAUGCAGUAUGUUCAGCAGCUGGUACGCUCUGCCAACCCCACUGCAGCCUUCAUACUCGCAGAGAGAGGAGCUGUCACCAGGACUGAAGAUGUGAAUCUGAUCUUGUCUGAGAGCAGCUUCAAUGAACCACAGAUGCUGAGAGCACGUUAUGUCCUCUACCCUGGAUGGUGCAAAGGGCGCUUCUUCUCUGGUUCGGGGUCUCUGAUCCUCACCCAGCAGCGCGUGGCUUUCAACCGGCCCCUAGAGAGGCCUCUAUUUGUCACCCGCUGUAAAGCUUUCAAGUCUUCACUAAAGCCGAGCCCCUUCCGAGGAAACGUGUACAAUGUUUGGGGAAAAGUUCGAUUUUCUGACUCAGAACAACUGAUGGAGGUGAGCUACAACACGGUGAGUGGGAGCCUGAGCAUUGCCUCAGAACAGAGCGUUGACCCUCUCACCCCGGGCCCCAAAGAGACCGGCACUUCCUGCUUCAUGGUGUUCGAUGGUGUUGGCCUCACUGAGGAUGGAGUGAAGGACUGGCUCAGACUGUGCACCAAGCAGAGGCAGACAAAGAAGCCUAAGAAGACUAAAAACAGUCUUUCACCACACGAAAUCAAGACCAUACAUAUCGUCAGGCACUUGGAUCCACUACCACCAGGCUACUUCUACAACGGUUGUCAAUAUGUCGACAUCUUUGGAGAAAAAAGGAAUUUCCAUCCCAACAUGGAAGAUUUUAUUAAAGCGUACAUCGCCGAGGCCAACAAGGAGAUCGAGAUAUUCAACCGUCAGCUGGAGCUGCAGGGACAGCCUGACCUGUUUGAUCCGUGAUAGAAUCUGUGUGUAUGUCCACCGCCUCCAUCUGUCUUAUUUAACUCUAAGGCUACCACUGUGGGAGGGGCAGGGAGGGCGCAGGGGUUACGUACUCAACACUCCACUAGAAUGAUUAAUGUGUGUUCAUACCACAUGCAUCUGCAGAAGCUGCUGCUGCUAGAAACCCAGUUAUUAUCUAUGUACUAUGUCACUUUGUUUCCUUAUUUGGUGGCAUGAAAAGGAUGAGCGGAGGUGAGCGUUUGAGCAGUGACAUCAUCCAUCAGAAGCCGGUUAUGUCACGGCAUGGCUUACGUCCCUCUGCCACGCCACUGACUCUACAGUUAUCACUUUGGCAACUUAUUUGGCAUCAUAUUUAUCAAAUGAAAGCGGCAGUUUGAUGCGGUCACUUGUGUUGAUUCAAAUUAAGGCACAUUUGUCAAGCAGUGAGAGUUGACUUGUUCACAACCACAGGCGUAUCUGAAUGAUAACGCAACACAAGACUCCAUCUUUAAACCAGUGUGAUUGUGCCGCUAAUCCUGCAAGCUAUGAGACUUUCACAAUUGAAGGGAAUUUCCAGCCCCUCGCUCCUACAGCUUGUGUGUUUCUGUUUAUCACAGUUGGCAAAUUAAAGCCUCUAUUUCUGGACAGGCAUGGAUAGCCGUGUGAUUCUGGUGGGCUCCCUGGUGGGGUUUCUCAAGAAUCGCUCCUCCUCUGUUGUCACCCAAUCCAUGGCCCACCUGUUAGCUUGUCUGUGUGCCGUGCUGCAGCAGAGGGAGCGCUUGGCCAUGGAGCUGUAAACAUUGGACAGCCUGUUGGCUGCAGACAUCUGAUGAAUGAUGCCAUUAAUCACAUAGCUAAACGCCACCCCAGUGCUUUAUUUUAAGACUCCUAAAGUGAAUCUAAUGAAAGAACAAAAAAAUUAAUAAAAAAUAAAAAUUCAGACUUCAGUCCCGGCAGCAGAGUGGUGAAGUUAUAAAACAGCUGAGGCCAAGAAACACACUGAAUCUGUUUAUUAUAAUGCUGCUAGUUUGAACAGUGAGAAACCAGGUAGAGAGUUAAGCUCAGCCUCACUGCAGCCAGCUGUGGAUCAUUCACUUCACUGUUUUGGUCAAAAUGUUCAUUUAUUGUUAAAUUUGUUAUAAGUGUAAACAUUCCCUCUUUUUUUUUUUUUUUUAAUAAAUAUGUGGGUCACUACAUUUGGGUAGGACGAGGGGAAAAUGAAAUAAUUGGGGAAACUUUGGUGAGGUUUGGGUAAACAUGAGUUUAGAGCCUUUAGUGAAAGGUGAAAGGCUUUGUAUUGAUGUGAUGUUGCAGAGAAUCAGUCUUGAUGUUCUGUUGAAAUCAGUAGUUAUUCUACUAUUUGCUCUGUGAUCCUGUGUCACACUAAUGUUCUAUGCAUGUCUUCCUCUUACCAGGGUUCCUACACAGGUUUUGAAAUUCUGUAACUUCGUAGGGAAACGUCGGUAAAUUCUGUGGAAAACCCGUGUUGUUGUUGUUAUUUGAACAGCAACAGUUGAAUUAUUAAUUGUGAUGUCAAGAUCAAACAAAGCAUUAAAUACAUGGGAUUUGGAAGUUGAAAAUGUGUAGGAACCCUGCUCCAGUCUCUGGAGGUUUGAUGGCUUUCAUUCGUUAUGGGGUCAGCAGUGUAACAUGCAGACUAAUUAACAAUCUGGGUUUGUCUUGAGGGAGUUGAUGCUGACAAAGGAACAUUUGAAUGCACAUAUAAGCGUGCACACACUGCUGCUGCGUACAAUUAUAUUACACUGGCCUUUUGUGCACCGCACCAAAAAGAAUCGCCUGUACUCAAACGUGAGUACUGUGAGAUUUUCACCAUGUGGGAUAAGAGAGGAAGGGCGUUUCUGCUAAGAGCAUGUUUUAGGUCCAUAGUUGUAAUCAGGGGAAUAAGAGAGAAUGGGGGGCUAAUGCUUAAUAAUGAGGUCAACACUUACUCAUUGUUGUUAGAUUCUUAUUGAAGCAGAUAUUUUUAAAUCAGUGGUGACCUCAGUGUAUUUUGGGAUGCCAGUCACAACCCUGGGUAUGUCCUGUCCUGACAGCGCUGUCAACAGCCAGCUUAAUGGAAAUAAUCAAUAAUAUUGUUUUCAGCUGGCAGACGAACACAGAGAGUCAUAACAUUGUCGGCAAAGUGUUUUCCUCUAGACGCCCGGUGUGUAUCUGCACAGAUUCAGAUGAUCCUAGUCCUGGACUCUGACCUGACACUGCUGGCCCCAUCUGUCCUCAGCAGAGUCUCCUCUGACCUGAACAAGCCAUACCCUCUUAUGCUAGAUGUGCCACUGUCCCUUAGAAGAAUGACUCAUUGCAUAGGAUAGCGUAUAACAUAGCAAUGAAGUACGCCUCUAACAUGUAUCACCCUGGCAUGUUCCAGAUAGCCAGCAAAGGAGGGGUUCACACGGAGAGGAGGAGCUUACCCCCAAGUUACUCAUUCCACGAGCUUCUCUCUUUCAGUCCUCCUCCUUCACUCUAUAAAAGAAGUGCAAUUGUACCUUGUGUUUUUAUAUAUUUGACUUACAGUGCCCUCAAAUAGCUCUUUAAGGACAAAGCUGAGCAAACAAACGAGCUGCUAAAUUCUCAGUCUCUCACAGCUCGUACUCUGUGGUCGGCUGGAUACCGGCUUUGAGCGCUUGUAUCUCAAAUAAAACCAUAAAGGGUCUUAACAGCAAGUGAAGGGUUUUUGAUGCAAAAUGAGAUGCUGCAUUAACAAAAAAAAAAAAAAGCAUUACCUCCGCUUACAAACGACUGAUGGAACAAAAUGCAAACAGAUUACGCUGCUUGUUUUUAACAGCAGAGCAAGAUGUAACAUAAAUCCUGUGUUGACUAAAUGAUAACUCUUGUUUAAGCUGGAUCCUCUGUUUAGCGAUUCAGAGAUGCGCUCUCUAAAGCCGUCUGUUUCCAGCAACAGUUGCUGUCAUUCUGUAGUUAUGUAAUACUGCAGAGGCUUACCUUGAUUGACAGUGAAAUAGCUGCGAGGCUGAUGUAUGGAAGACUGAAGGUGCCACAAAUUUAAACCUGCUCCACGUCAAAGAGCAGAGCGACUGAAAACGUAAUCGGCCAAGAGAUCAAAUACUAGUCCUUAAAGAGUCGAGGGUUAUGUAAGACGUUUGUGAUGUUUAUCAAAUUCCCACUAACACAUACACACACACGCACACACACACAUAUACACGACUACUAUCACAAGUAUGUCUAUACUAUUUUGCAUGUGUUGAGAUGUUAUGGGAAAAUGACGCCACAUAUAUUCUGACAGAAUUGCCUUUCACCAAACAGGUACAACAAAGAGAAAAUUAUCACAUUUAUUUUACAUAUCUGCUAAGAAUUUGAAUUACCUCGAAAAACAACAAAUAGUAUUUUUAUAAGACUGUGAAUUGAACAAUUCUAGAUGCAAGCAAAAUGUCUCUUUUCGCACAAGCUACAAAAGGCAAAAGCAGAUGCAAUUUUUUUUUUUUUUUUUUUUGUAGUUAAAAAAAAAAAAAAAAAAAACUCGAAGAGAAUCUGAUCGGUUGUGAGAUGUCAGGUUUCUCUGAUCCAGCAGUGCCUUGGCUACGGCUAAGAAAAAGCAGAGAUUAAAGCUGCAUUCAGAGCUCCAUCUUUCUCCCCGUCACGGGGGGGGGGGGGGGCGUUGUCAGGCAAGGAUCCGUCCUUCAACAGUGUUGGUGAAAGGAAUCCAUGGAGUCGUUCUUUAAAGCAAUGUGUUUUUACUAAGCCAGAGGGCAAAGUAGACGAGGUCACACAGGGGACGGCCACUGGAGGGCUCAGGUGGAUUCAGGUAUUCUUGCAAACUAACCAAAAAGAUGCUGAAGUGUAAGGCUGAGCACUGAAAUCAAUAUAGUUCUGAUACUUAAAGAAUUAUUUAUGUUCACAGCGAUACGUUUCUUAGUGGUUUAUUUUAGUUUAUUAGUAAUAACAGACCAAAUACAGUUGAUUUAUUUAAUGAAAAUGUAACGUACACUAGAAGGGAAGCUGCACUUUUAUCCAUGUUCCUUUUGAAAAUUAAUAAUGUAUAAAAUAGGAAAUGGAAAUUUUCUCUUUUUUUUUUUUUUGGCUCAGUUGUAGUUGGGAUACAAAACCGUCAUGUUUUGUAUCAGUACAGACGAAAAGAAAAAAAAAAGAAGAAGAGAGGAUUGAGUUUGUGACUAAAGUUGGGUGACCCCUACUUAUUGCACAUUGGGGGCCCAAAGAGCCCUCCACACGCCUCUCCGUGCGCCGGCUACACAGCUCUCUGGCAGACUGAGCACCCUGGUGUCUUCAUCCUGUAUGUGGAGGCUAGCAACUUUUGUAGCUGAAGUUAUAGGACAAAAACAAAGUUUGGUGUUAAUUGGUUUUAUGUAAAGCGGGGGAAACGUGAUGUUCUCGUACUGCGGUGUGAUAACGCAGUGCGCGGGGGCUUUUGUUCUUUUUCUAGUUUUGAGAUUGGCUCCAGUGUUCAAAAGGGCCAAAAAUGUGGAAUGUAUGCGCUUCUUGAAGAAGUUGGUAUUUUUAUGGUAUUUUUUUUUUGUGCUUAUUGGAGAAAUAACGGCUUGGAAAUGGAUUUUUAACUGACCAAAUAUUUCUCGGCCCUCAGGGGACUGUUGAUGCUAAUUGUUUGGGCCGUUCUGUCCUAUCGAGGUUCAAAGGGAAAUCACGGGCUCCUCACCCCACAGUCCUCACAGACAGCGAGAGGAGGUUUCUCAGGUGUGCUUAUUAUUUCCAUACCUGAGAUUACAUAUUUGCCCUAUCAAGCCCAAGUUUUAUAGAAGAAGAUGAGGGUGAAAUUGUGGUUAAUAUCUUCUGUCUGUCGCCACAUACUGGCUGGCUGCACAGCCAUGCAUUUAAAAACAGAAGAAGAAGAAAAAAAAAAGGAUGUUGUUAUUCAUGUCAAGGAACACUGACGAUUGAAGCUGGGAGGUGUUUGAUGUCAUGAUGCAGAAUUAGAUCUGGGGGGAAAAAAAAGCAAAGGGCUCAUUUCUUUUCCCCUAUCUACAGGCCGUCCAAGGUAACAGGAAAAAAAAAAACUUCUUAUGGUCUAUUGUGAUGAGAAGCAAAGAAAAAAAGAAAGGAAGAAAAAAACUAACUUCAAAAGUGCCAAACUGACUUCCACAUUUUGUUUUGAGGAUGUUCACAGAACGUGAGCGAAUCUGAAUUGCAUUUGCACUAAACUACUGUAACUUCUGUUUUUUUCCUGUGACUGAUGCUUUUAUAAUCUAACUGUUGUAUUUAUUGCACCUCGUAAUCCAUUAAAUAUUUAUAUGGUUAUUCAA